GUCGGUCUUCCGCGACUGCGGCAGUCCCAGCGUCACCUCGAACGUGCUCCCAGAAAACCACGAUGGAGUUCACGCUUACUUUCGAUGCGGUCGGCGACUUCAUCGCAGUCAUCGAAGUCGUCAGAAGCAUCAUUGUCGCGCUGGACGACUGCCGCGGCUCGGUCAAGGAAUACCGGGAUGUCGUCCAAAGCCUCGAGGUUCUCGAGAAAACACUCCAGCUGGUGGCCGAUCUCUACAAAAACCAAAGCCCUACCAACGAUCUCGGCGACCUGAGGGCGAUUGCGAUGCGCUGCGUUGAGCAGAUCCGCUUAUGCCUGCAGGGAUUCGGCGAAAAGAUUCAGAAGUUUGUGCCAAGCCUUUCAAAUGGGGGAACGAAGAACGUGUUCAAGGACGUGGCAAGAAAGAUCCAAUGGAAACUGGAGGAGAGUGACGUCGACAAGUUUCGAGCCGAGGUAGCGGGGUACACGUUGUCACUGAACGUGCUACUGGAAGUCACCACAGCGCGGGUGGUUCAACGAAACCACGAAGCUGCGAUCCAACAGGCGGCCCACACCGAAAAUCGCACGGCAGUCAUGAUUCGUAACUCGAACCAAUCCCUGAAGGGAUACUUUGGCAUGAUCGGACGAAGGAUACUCUCGAGAUUGGAUUUCGUUUCCAGGCUGGGCAUCGAGUUGAGAAGCUCCACGGCCCAAGUCAUAUCAAUGGUCCUCGCCGUGUCAGCGGAGUUGAGCAGCAUCAGAACAGUCAUCAUGAGACUGGAGCGCCCCGUUAGCGAGGAAUUCUUCCUUCUCGAAGACGCGACUGGGAAAGUGUUUCCUGUUCAUCUGAGGACCAUCACCUCCUGGGAAGCAUUCGAGUACAUCAUUGUCGACAGAUUCAAGGGCAGAAAGGGUGCCCAUCGGAUUCAACGCAAGCGUUACUCGUUGCAGGAACGGGCCACCCGCAGAGCAGUUGACCGUUCCAUGGAGUGGGAUAGCGCUUUCCUACCGUAUCAGAAAGUCGACAUGAGCCUGAUGUGUAGAGAAGCACAGAGAGCCACGCCGACAAAGUCCUCACCCACUUGUCCCCGAUGUUUCACGGAAUCACCUGGGGAGACGGGUGUUGAGGUACAGUGCCAAAAUUGCCGCAUGUUCUUCACACGAGUCGUUGAAGUGGAUGACGAAGUCCUCCCCGACGCUCCGACGCCCCCUCCUCAUCUCGCCCGCGAAGCUCGCUUCGGCCAAUCAGCGUUCAACGUCACUACGAGUGCGAGGACGAAAAGAACCAGGGAAGAAGCAGAGUCCGAAAAUGAACAGGAAUGUACGUGCGAAAGGCCAAAGAGGCGUAAAGAGCAGGAAAGCAAGAAGAGAAAAGCAACCUGCGAGAAGCCAGAAUCCGAUUCCGACGAUGAGGACGUUCAAGGUUUCGUGAGAAUCACUCUGAUCUCUAAGCGCAAACGAAUCCAUGGGCCGGUUCUACCGUUUUCCGCGAACCAGACAGAGUCUUUUGACUCCAUGGCACACAAGCUUCUCGGAGGGAGAAAUGGUUCGUCGGACGCUACUUCUCAACUCGACGCAUCUUUCUCCUCGUCAGUCAGCCAGGCAACAAAGAGCAGCUUUGGAAGUAUGUCAGUACGUCCAAUGGUAAAGCUAUCGGGCGCGUCAUUCCAGACCAGCCGCGAUAAUGCUCAGAACGAGGAUGAGGACGAGGAACCGUCCAUCGAUUCGAGCGAUGAACCCAUCGAACACAUGAAACCUCUCUCCGAUGAAGCAGCAGAAUCCAAAUACGAAAAAACUGAGCCAAACGUAGCAGAUGAUGACAGCGACGGUCUGCAUGGUAAUGAUGCUACUAAAUCUCCAAGCUCCCUGGCCGAUACAACCCCAGCAAUUUCAUCGGAGAAGACCAAAACGUAUACCAAGACCCUCGAGCCUGAAGACUCCGCGGAUGAGGAUGAGUACAUUGAAGUUGAUGGCCGUACAUACGUCUUGCCGAGGCCCAGAAGAACGUCAAACGACUACAGAAAUUACAAGUCACAACAAGACACUGACUACUAUUACUACUACUCGAAGACAGGCAUGACUCCAAUCCCGAAGCCAGAUGCUGCCAUGGACAAGUCGAGUCGCCAAAUGCCCAGCCCAAGAUACACCUCUGACGGCUACUACGCCACGCCGAAUAGCUCGUUUACCUAUAUCCAGCGCGAUGCUGUCGCCUACGAGCCCUCGCCUCGUCGUCCCCCCAGACCGGCCGUCCGCAGUUCUGCAGCAUGGGCGACUCGUCAGGGUCCCACCGCCGCCUCCUCCGCCGGCGCUCAAACCAAGAGAAGGCCGCCUACAGUCCGUGUGGCGAAUGAGUCGGAUGCCAAGAAGCACCGUAUUCCUCCGGGCUACUCGCUCAAGAACUGGGACCCGACCGAGGAGCCCAUUCUUUUGCUUGGGAGCGUAUUUGACUGCAACUCACUCGGCAAGUGGAUCUACGACUGGGCCGUCUAUCACCACGGACCCGCCACUCCUGUUUCUGAGUUGGCUGGUGACCUUUGGCUUCUUCUUAUCCAGAUAGCCGGCAAGAUGAAGCGCGCCGAUCUAUCUAUCGAGCAGAUCACCAACGCAGAAGAAAGAGAGCUUCUGGGCGACUUCGUUGACUCAGGCGAGCGCCUUAUUGGUAAGCUACGCGACCUGCUCAAGACCUGCGAGUCACCCAUGCUCGAGGGUCUAGGAAAGGGGGGGUCUCUGGGCAAGGGUGCAGGUGUUGAGUUUAUCAAGACGCUGUUUGGCCGUGAGCGUGAACUGGACAAGACUGAGAGACUGAUGCAGCGGUUUCGGCUGUUCGUCCUGCGGUUUGACGCCAACUGUGAGGAUAUUCUGCAACAGGCGAUAAAAGAAAAAAACAAGGCUACAAGCGAGAGUCGUGUUGGAAGAGAAAAGAUAACCAACUAAUGUAUUUAGCUUGACCCAGGUUUGGGUGGGAGAACACACAGCACCCGACUUGUUAUGCCAAGUUGGAAAUGAUGACGUUCCAAAAUUAAUUUAU